AUGAAAGAAAAAAAAGUAUAUGAAAAUUUUGCCUCUCUAAAUAUUUCAUCAUCACAAAACCUUCAUUUCACUAAAGAAAAUAUUAGAAAUCAAUUGACACAUGAUGGUAAUGAUGAUCCCAAGCAAGAGAGGAAGUUAGUGGAGGAAUUAGAGAAAAUAACUAAACACAAAUUCAAGAAUCUCGAUUUGUUACAUUAAGGUUUUACUCAUUUGUCCUUUUAAGAAAAUUGCGAAUCAUACGAGGGAUUGAGUAUUCUAAAUAUGUUAAUAACAUUGAAGCAAUUUUUUUAUUAUCCUGAUUUGUCUUCCGAGAUGCUAACAAAAUUGAGAGGAGCAAAUGUGGAUACUGAAAAACUUGCUAGAGUCGCUAUCAAAUAUAAUUUACACAACCACUUGCGUCACAAAAAGCCUUUACUUAAAAGGACAAAAGAAUUCAAAGAAGUUAUAUUAGAGUACCCAUUGCAUUCACUAGGUCUCAUUGAUCCCCCUAAAGUUCUUGCAGACCUAGUUGAAUCUUUGAUUGGUGCUAUCCAUAGUGACUCUAAUUGCUUAGAUACAACUUGGCAGGUGGUAAAAAAUUUGUUACAACCUCUAAUUACUCCAGAAAAACUCGAGGUUAAUCCGAUCACAAAACUUUACCAGUUAUGUCAAAAGAACGGAUUGAAGAUAAAAUUUGUUGAUCAAUGGGAGAGAUUGACGUUUUUGUUGAUGGAAGGGAAAAAAAAAUAUAGAGCUGCAAACAAUGCAUAUGAACAAGUAGUCCAGAAUUUGAGUUAUUAG